AUGCCUGACCGACUGACCGACUACUACUGCUACUACGUCACUUUCUCUUCGAACUCGGCGGGGUCGGAUAUGGAAGCUGGCAGCGAAGACGAGGGACCCUGCAAUGUUGCCAGUCCGUCCCCCGUGGCAUCACCCGAUUCAAACAACAACAGCGAAAGUGUGCACAGUCCGGCAGGCUCCGACAACGAGGAUGGCAGUGGUCAGGAGAGUGGUCAAGAAGACGAGGACACCAACAACAACGAGGCGUCCAGGGACUCUGGCAGUGAGGGCCAGGGUGACAGUGCGGGCAGUGGGUCGGACAAUGAAAAGAACAGUGACGCAGAAGUUCGCAGUUCUCCAAGCUCUCCUGCUGUGGAGAACAACAGUGCCACUGGUGACCAGUCAGCAGGAGAAGAAGAAAACGAACAAGGAGACGAUGGCCGGGAAAGCCGACAGAGUUCUACCUCGGGUGCAGGCGGUGAGCAGGGGCAGCAGAGCAGGCACAGUCAGACAGUGGACAGCAGCAAGAUGACGACGACGAGGCACCAUCAUUACAUGACAGCCCGCCUGCAAGCCCAAGCCCUUCAAACACUGGUGCUGAAGAGAGAAGUAGUGCACCAUCAUCUCCUGAGAAAUUCUGAGGAUGAAAAAGACUCCGACCAGGAGGAUGCAAAAGAAGCAGGAUCAGACAAAGAGGAAGAUGACUCGGACAAGGAAGACUCCGACAAGGACGAGGACAAGGAUGACAGUGACAAUGAGUCAAAGGUUGGAGAACUAAUCGCAAACAUCUUCGGUGACAGUGACGAUGAAUCUGAAUUUGAGGGCUUUGGAAAUGAAGACCUGGUUAGCACGAAAAAGAAAAAGGAAAAGGCAAAGAAAGCAAAAGCAAGGAAGGUGCUUUCUGACAGCGAGGAGGAGAGGAGGAGGACAAUGAGGACAAGGAGGAAGAGAAGGCAGCUGACUCUGACGAGGAUGAGGACAAGGACAUGGAGGUUUCAGCCGAGCCAGAGGACCUCGGGGCUGAUGAAAGCUGAGCAGCCUGCUCCAGUUCCAGCUAGCCAAGCUGUGCCAGAUGUGUCUAGCUCCGACGAUGAACUUGAACCUGACAGCCGCCGCUCACGAAAUUCUGAUUUCAUGUCAGACUUCGAUAUUAUGAUGGCCAAGAAGAAAGAGGAAAACUCUCGGCGGAGGAAACGAAAAGAUGUCGACAUCAUUAGCGACACUGAUGAUAUCAUAGUUGAAAUAAUUAAGGAAAUGAAAGCUGCUGCAGAG